AGCCUGGCUUCCGGGCCGGCGGCGGCCUGAGCGGCUGGUGUGUGGUUGCGCGCUGGCGCUGCAGGGCGGGAUACUGUGCCCCAGGGAGAGCGCAUCGCGGAAGCGCAAAGAGUUGGGCGGAUUCUGGAGCUUCCGCGCCGACGACCGGCGCCAGGGCUUCCAGGAGCAGUGGUAGCGGCCGCUGCUGCGUCUGGCCCCACCCUGGACAUGCAGGUUUUCUCCAGCUUCAAGAACAUCUUGCAGGACUGGCGGCUAUGGCAUUUUGUCGGCUGGGUGUGGUACAAACGCGAAGUGACCCUGCCGGAGUGGUGGACCCAGGACCUGCACACGAGAGUGGUGCUGAGGAUUGGCAGUGCCCACUCCUAUGCCAUUGUGCCACCAGGGAUCAUCCACUACAUGACCGACACCUGCAAGUGGGUACCACCCUGCCUCCACCACAUGCCCCCACCUUCCCGCCUCACCCCGUGGUCUUCCUACUCCUACGGACAGGUUUGCCUUCGCAGACUGGAGGGGCCUGGUAUCUGGGGAGGCCACAGACAUGUGAGCUGAGGUUAAAGGACCCACAGCAAGGGUCCAGCAAACCACAAUUCUCCCACCCUGGAUAUCCCAACGGUUACUUUGUCCACAACGUAGACUUUGACUUCAGCUCAGCGGGACUGCAGCAGUCUGUGCUUCUGUUCACGACACCCACCACCUGCAUCGAUGACAUCGCCAUCACCAACAGCAUGGAGCAAGACAGUGGCGAGGGCUUCUGGUUCCCAUCCACCUACAAAGCUAAAAUCCAGACUGUCGGAGCAGGCACUGGCUCCCGAAAUCACCUGUGUGGUUGACCUCGUUUGGUGAAGAGUGGUCUUGCCUAAGGUCACACAGCUCAGGAUGGCAAUCCUGUCCCUUCCCCAUGGAGCUGCCCUCAUUCCAGCUCCUCUUGGUACACAUCAUGCUCAAGGAACGGGCAGCUUACCAGCAUUGCUGCCACCUGCUAUAGGUGACUGAGAAGUGGGCCCAGGGCACUUUGAGACUCAACCCCAAUGAGGAGGACAUCCACACAGCCAGCGAGCGCUGUCUGAAGGUGGUCAUGGACCUUAGACUAUGGAUGCGGCAGACCUGCUCUGUGCUCUCCUGCCCCCUCUGUGAGCUCAUCAGGACCAUGGUGGAUCCGACAGAGGCUAGUGAAGACUUGUUCACAGAUUAGCAUCAGUCUGAAGUACAUAGAAACCAUUGCUCUGGCCAGUGCUUCUCAUCCACACAGAUAAAAUAAUAAUAUUUGUAAGCACUCUGAGGUCAAAGGGUGAGGACGCUCAUCGCCAAAGACAGCAGUCUGACCAUCCCAAGAAUCUGCCUCGCCACCCCAAAGAGAAGACCUUUCAUAUUUCCACACAUCUGGAAUCCAUACCUUUUGCAAAGCUCUGUAUUAUAAAACCAACCCAGUCUAUGAUACAUGGAUUCUUGUUAGUGUCCAUCUCAGAAGUGUGCCUUUUCCUUACGUUGAAUUACGACUACAUCUUCCUCUGGGGACUGUAGCCUUUUGUCUUCUAAGUGCAGUAAUGCCGAAACAACUUAUGAGGACAAAGACCAAAUUGUUUUCAAGCCCCAUGAAGCAUUUCAAAAGUUCUAGUCACAUCUAAAUUUUUCCUCUUUUUUUUGAGAUGGAGUCUUGCUCUGUUGCCCAGGCUGGAGUGUAGUGGUGCAAUCUUGGCUCACUGCAACCUCUGCCUCCCAGGUUCAAGUAAUUCUGCCUCAGCCUCCCAAGUAGCUGGGAUUACAGGUACCUGACACCAUGCCUGGCUAAUUUUUUUGUAUUUUUAGUAGAGAUGUGGUUUUACCAUGUUGGCCAGGCUGGUUUCAAACUCCUAAUCUCAAAUGAUCCGCCUGUCUCGGCCUCCCAAAGUGCUGGUAUUACAGGUGUGAGCCAACAUACCUGGAUCACAUCUAAUUUUUUAGAUGUGAUCACGCCUGUAAUCCCAGCACUUUGGGAGGCCAAGGUGGGUGGAUCACGAGGUCAAGAGAUCAAGACCAUCCUGGUCAACAUGGUGAAACCCCGUCUCUACUAAAAAUACAAAAAAUUAGCGGGGCAUGGUGGUGCGUGCCUGUAAUCCCGGCUAUUCGGGAGGCUGAGGCAGGAGAAUUGCCUGAACCCAGGAGGCGGAGGUUGCAGUGAGCCGAGAUUGCGCCAUUGCACUCCAGCGUGGGUAACAACAGCGAAACUCCGUCUCAAAAAAAAAAAAUUAUAAAUUAUAUGCUAGGUAUAAUAUUAAUUUUUUAUUUGCCCAAUAAAAUAAGGCCUAUGCACUAUGCUGCCUAUCUGAUUUUAGUUGUGACUAUGUGUUUUGCUUUGGCCAAUGAAAUGUGAGAAGUUACUUGUGUCACUUUCAUGCUGAAUCUCCUAUUUUCCUUUGUCGUAGCAACCAGUAUUUUUCCAGUUAGCUGCUCCAUCAACCUGGGUCUUGGAGUAGGAACCACUGUAUUGCAGCAACCAACUCCCCAUGGACAAGCAGCCAGAGUGAGAAAUAAACCGAGGCUGUUUCAAGCUACUGAAAUUUGGGAGUUGCUUGUUAGUGUAACAUAACCUAGCCUAUUUGACUAAUAAAGCAGUCUUUCAUUUGACUACAUGUUAUGGAGAUCCCAGGUUUCAAUGCAAUUGAAGACAUUGGAAAAGUAUUAUCUUUGAAAUAGCACAGAGGUACCAAAUAAUUACUCUGUACUGAGAGAAAAACAUGUAUGGUCUGUGGAAUUAAUAUCAGCUUACAGGGCAAUUAAGUUGUUAAUUAUUCAUGGAAUCAUAGAUGUUCAGAGCUUGAGGGAUCUUGGAGAUGACCAAGCCUAAUACUUGAUUCAACACAUAGCUCCCCUAUACACCAUAGCCAGAGGGGGGUCUUCUAGGGUCUUAUUGGAAACCCUCAUGGAUAGACAGCUUAUGCCACAUGAGGCAUUGUGCUCCAUUUCCUGGCAACCCUGUUUAAAUAUGCUUUUUUUUUUUUGAGAGGGAGUUUUGCUGUUGUUACCCAGACUGGAGUGCAAUGGCGCGAUCUCGGCUCACCGCAACCUCCGCCUUCUGGGUUCAAGCAAUUCUCCUGCCUCAGCCUCCCAAGUAGCUGGAACUACAGGCACGCACCACCAUGCCCAGCUAAUUUUUGUAUUUUUAGUAGAGACGGGGUUUCACCUUGUUGACCAGGAUGGUCUUGAUCUCUUGACUUCGUGAUCCACCCACCUCGGCCUCCCAAAGUGCUGGGAUUAUAGGUGUGAGCCACCGCGCCUGGCCUUAAAUAUGCUUUUUUGUAUAGCAAGUUGACUUCUUUCUUCCUCUUAUUGCAAUGCAUUGGUUAUGGGAGCAAACUUAACUCUUCAUGCUAUAAAGCCCUAAUAUGCCACCUUCUCAUUGUACAGUAUUCCUCAAUGUCAUUCAGACCACUGUCUUUUCCAGUCAUUGACCUGGGGUCCACCUGUAAGUCUGGUAGACCAUUCUUCAGUCAAAUAAAAAAGACUCUUCCAGCCAGGCGCAGUGGCUCACGCCUGUAAUCCCAGCACUUUGGGAGGCCAAGGCGGGCGGAUCACCUGAGGACCGGAGUUCGAGAACAACCUGAUAAACAUGGGGAAACCCCUUCUCUACUAAAAAUACAAAAAGUAGACAGGUGUGGUGGUGUGCACCUGUAAUCCCAGCUACUUGGAAGACUGAGGCAAGAGAAUUGCUUGAACCUGGGAGACGGAGGUUGCGGUCGGCCGAGAUUCCAUCAUUUCACUCCAGCCUGGGAAAUAAGUGCGAAACUUCGUCUCAAAAAAAAAAAAAAAGACUCUGCAUUUGGCAUGCAUUAUUCUCUACUCCCCACCU